AUCUGUUGAAUUCUGCAUAAACAUUUGGAUUUUUUUCCUGCAUAUAAUCACUAAUAUUACAGUGUUAAUGCCCACUCAAAGUUGAACUAAAUCUCAAUAAAUCUUGUUUUGACAAAGAUGUGUUUAGCAUAAAUAGGCUACAAUGUUUAGCAAAAUUUCAGAAUAAAUCACUCUAUGGAUGGAGAAAUGAAGCCUCAUGAAAGUCUGUAGCUUUGCUCAACAGCGCCAUCUGUUGGCUAUAAUUUAUAUAUUAUCAACUGAGAACAUGGAGGAACUUUUCCUAUCUGACGUCAUUCUUGCAGAAGAAUGACACCUUUAUCGCCCCCUCACUGAACACCAAACUUAAGCAACAUGCUGCUUAGAAUGCAUUCAAAGUAAACUAGAUUCGACCGGUUUUUAUUGGAGUCGAGUUUCGUAUAUUUCUUUAUGUUUAUCACGUGACUUUCUGGAAAAAAAUCCGUGCCUCGAAAGGGGCUUCAAUGCUGGAUCCAUGCUGGAGCCUCGUGUCACCAGACUCAACCUGGCUUCAGUAUGAAGAGCCAUGUGUUAAUCCUUCUUUUCUCAUUAUUUGUGAACGGUGCGUCUGGUGUAGAGACAGAUGUUGUGGAGUCUGUAUCAGUGAUUGUGGGAGAUUCUUUCACUCUUCAUACAGAUGUUACUCAAAGAGACGGCGUGAUUGAGUGGAGGUUCGGAGAAGAUCUCAUUGCUAGAAUCAAUAGUGUGAGUAAUCUGGCGUCAGAUGGAGUGAAGCUCGUGCCGGUGCUGGAGAGAGACUCUGUCAUUCUACACUCUGGACUUACUGAGAUACAGAGAGAUGAUCAGAUAACCUGGAAGUUUGAAGAGACACUCAUAAGUCAACUAAACAAUCAAACAGCUGAAAUCUUUGCUGAUGUUCUUGAUGGGAGAUUCAAAGACAGACUGAAGCUGAACCAAAUGAAUGGAUCUCUCAUCAUUACUGACAUCAGACCCAACACCUCUGGACUUUAUGUGGUAGAAAUCACCAAGAGAAAAAGCAGCUACACCACACACAAGACAUUCAGAGUCACUAUCAUUGAUGGAGGGAACAGGCUGUCGGUGAUGGAGGGAACUUCUGUCACUCUAGAGUCUGGUGUUCCUAAAAUCCACAGAUAUGAUGUGAUAAUAUGGAGGUGUGAACAUGGAGACUCUGUCAUAGCAAAAAUGACCUUUGGGAUC